CGAAACUGCCAAAUAUGAAUGCUGCUCCAACAUCUGAACAAACCAGGUAUUGGGACGAUCAGCGACUUCUUCCAUAAGUCUGGAAUUAUCCCACAGUUCAGUGACGGCUGGAACAGCUUCUGGAACAGUAAUGCGAGCUGGUCUGCGCAUGCCUGAAGUGCCUUGCUGCUGAUGCCGUCUGGACCAUAUGAUUUUCGUGGGUUGACACGUUGAAAGUAUUGCUUGACGUCAUUCACAGAGAACUGUAUAUCAACAGCUGGUAUGCUGUCUAUACUGUCCAAUGCCACUUUCUGCUGUGAUGUAAAACCACACAUCAAACCUACAAUAGAAACUGUUCAAAUCAUUUGCAAGGUCAUUUUCGACGGUCAUACAAUGUCUCUUUGGUUUGUAGCCAUUUUACUUUACUGCCACCUGAUUUAAACACUUGUUUUUGCUGGUUGAGGAGCUCUUUUAAUUCCCGAGUUACCCACAGUUUAUUAUUGGGGAAGAUGUUGACUUUCUUUGUUGACCUUCAUAUGUCCUGCGCUUUGCACACAUAAUCACUGACAACCAAACAUGCACAAACAUACAAGCCAUCUGACUCAUAGUCUUAGGCAGUGGAUAUAAUUACUGAAGAGUCAGUCAUCUCAGAGGGGAGAGACAAAGGAGCAGUUAGCCUAGUUCGGAGCUUGGUAGUUGCAGGCGCUUUAGCAGGGAGAUAAAUGUCAAGCAAAACAUAUGUUUUUUUUUUACAGAAACUCAAAUUCUUUCCUCCUCUCUACCCCUCACAUACAGUGAACAUCAUGGGUAGUUGAGAAACACACCCUGGACAUAUAUUUUGUGAGGAGGACAGAAGACUAGGCUAUAUUCCAGACCAGACCCCUCAGCCGCAGUCCAGAAUCUUCUGCAGCCAUGGCUGAGGAGGACUAUGGCUGCUUUGUGGACUGGACCCAAAUGGGGGACUUGGCCAAGAGCAGUGGCACCUCCAAAUUGGACAUCAAGGACCCUGUGGAGCUCAAAAAGCUGGCCAGGCAGGGCCACUGGGCCAAGAACCACAAGCUCCGUGCCCAGGUCUACCAGCAACUCAUUAAGGCCAUCCCCUGUCGCACCGUGACCCCCGACGCCGAGGUCUACCGCGACCUCAUGGGCGACGACACAGGUAAAAAAGCCUUGUCCGCCAUCCCACUGCCAGACUUUGUGGACGGUAGCGCUGUGCCGCACUACUGCCUCAAGGCAGACGCAGUGACCGCCGUCCACCGGGUCAUCUCCUGUCUGGCGGGACAGUUCCCGGACAUCUCGCACUGCCCGGCGCUUCCCGCGUUGACAGCCCUCCUGCUGCACUUCAGUGCCGACGAGGCACAGUGCUUUGAGCACGUCAGCCAUCUGUUGGCCUGCAAUGAGCCGGGCCGACGCUUUGUGGACCAGACCUUCCUGGCCUAUGAGUCCAGCUGCAUGACCUUUGGCGACCUGGCCAACAAGUACUGCCCGGCGGCCCACAAGAUCAUAGUGGCUACAGCGCAGGACGUGGUGGAGGUGUACUCGGACUGGCAGCGCUGGGUGCUAGGCGACCUGCCCUUCAGCCAUGUGGCUAGGGUCCUAGACGUCUUCCUGGUGGAAGGAUACAAGGUGUUGUACCGCGUGGCCCUGGCCCUGCUGAAGUUCUACCGCAAGCAGAAGGCCGGGGCUGGAACUCAGCAAUCAGAGGGCCAGAAACAGGACUCUGCAGGGGUCAAGGCAGAGAUCCAGGCUUUCGUCAAAGCCAUCAGCUCCUGCAUCACCCCGGACAAGCUGCUGGAGAAGGCCUUCUCUAUCCGCUUGUUCAGUCGCAAAGAGAUCACCCUCCUGCAGCUCACCAACGAGAAAUCGCUGCAGCAGAAGGGCAUCACCGUCAAACAGAAGAGGCGGAAUGUGCAGCUGGCGCUGAAUCCGGACACCUUCUCCUCGGAGGUAGUCAGCGCCAAGGAGAUGAAGGACAUCUGGUCGUGGAUCCCCGAGCGCUUCGCCCUAUGCGAACCGCAGCUCCUUUUCACCACCUCAACCCACGGCUGCAGCCUCAACAGGUUCUACGCUCAUGUCGAAGGCUAUGAGCCCACUCUGCUACUCAUCCGGACCUGCCAAUCUGACGUAUGUGGAGCCUUCCUCUCUACAGAUUGGGAGGAGCGCAAGCGAGGCGGGAACAAACUCAGCUUCUUUGGGACCGGAGAAUGUUUUGUCUUCAGGCUGAAGCCGGAGAUGGAGAGGUAUGAGUGGGUGGUGAUCUGCCACCCGGAGCUGGCCUCCACCAUCAAGGCCCAGAGCAGUGAGGACCCUGCCAAGGACGAGGCGCCCCCCGACAGGCAGAACUCGGACGGCAACAGCCUUCCUGUGGAGAGGCCGGCCGCUGACCCAUCUGAUCGCCUGUCGCCCUUCCUCUCGGCCCGACACUUCCAUCUCAACUCCAGGAAUACCUCCAUGUUCAUGGCGGGCAACUUUGACUCUAUCAUUGUGGGGGGAGGCGAGGGAAACGCGCUGUACAUCGACGGUGAGCUAAACCACGGACACACAGCCCGGUGCACCACUUUUGACAACCCACCGCUCUGCUCCACCGAGAGCUUCCAGGUGGCCCUGCUGGAGGUGUGGGGCUUCAAGGACACAAUGGCCUCUGAUAGAUAGACAGACAGACAGACAGACACACACACACACACACACACAGUUCGAGAUAUACACACACACACAACCCACCAAGGGCCUGAUGAAGGUACCAGUCAUAUCAGAACAAACCCCUUUCCGUCCAGCAAAUUCAUUUAUCCAUUGAAUUCUAUACAUAAAUGUGAAAUAUUUGUAUUUAUUCAUGUUGAACAAGUAUCAUAUUUUAUUUGUGAUUCGUUUUUACAGAUUUUUAAUUACAUUGUAUUACUCUUUUUGUUGACUCUCAUUCGGAGGGGUUUGAUGGCGAAAAGCAGCUCUGUUGUGAAAAAGGCCUUGUCUGGAAUUAUCAAAUGCCAUGAUUUUACACACUCAAGUAACUUCAUUUCUGUAUUCACUUUAUAUCUACUCAUUAAUUUGUGCAAUCUGGUUACGCACCAAACCAGCCGCCAAAAUCGUAGUAAGUAGGCCUAUAAGUCUUUGAACAUAUGCAGUCUACCCAGCUGUCAGAAAACUGGGGUCAAUGAAAAUAAAUUGUACAACGUGAAGUGUGGCUGUUGUGCGGCCAUAUUCACACCAGAUGUACUCUUAGCUCUGCGCACAGCAGUAAAUUAGAGAGGCCCCUUUGUAAAGUAUGUGAAUAUUGUUCUUUGAAUGUGUUUUAUUGAUGGUGUGAAAGUGUUAUCAGGUGAGAUGAAGACCAUAUCCACGUCCCUCAUUAUUUAGGUUCACAAUCUCUGUAAUGCAGUAUUCAUCCGUCUCUCUCUCUUUCUCUAUCCGUCCCUCAAACAAUAUCAUCCAAAAAAUAGCAGAAUAUGUACGUUCUAGUGCAGAGACUCAAUUGUAUAUCAUUGAAUAUCUGUGUUGUAUUGAAGAAAGUCCUCCAGUGAAGGAUCGAUUGAAAAAUGACAGAUGUAUCGUACAUGUGAAAGUAAUACACUUUUAAACAAGUGA